AUGAAUGUGGUGGAGUGGAUAACGAGUAAGAUAAAGGGUAUAAGGCACGAAAAUAAAAUAUAUUUGAUUUCUAAUUUUGAAAUAAACAAAGAUCAUGAAUUGUAUGUAAAAAAUGCCCAUAAAAGAUUAGAGGAGGAAGAUUUAAAUAUUGAUAUAAUAUAUGGUAAGAAACACCGAAAUGAGAUUAGGACAGCUAAAUAUAAGAUAUACAGUUUUAUACCUCUAAUAGUAUUUUUUCAAUUUCUGAGGUUAGGGAAUUUAUAUUUUUUAUCCAUAUCUAUGUUACAGUUAAUACCAGAAAUAACAGAUUCGAAAGGAAUGCCCACUUAUUUGAUCCCCUUAGUUUUUAUUAUAGUUGUAGCUAUGAUAAAAGAGUUUUUUGAAGAUUGGCAAAGACAUAAAUCUGAUAAUGAAGAGAAUAGUAAAAGUACAAUGGUUUUUGAAAAUGGGAUAUUGAAGGAAAAGAAAUGGGCAAAUAUUAAAGAUGGAGAUGUUGUUAAAAUCUUUGCCUAUGAAUAUUUCCCAGCAGAUUUAAUAGUACUAAAUUGUUCAAAUAAAAAAGGUAUAGUAAAUAUUGAAACUAAAAAUGUCGAUGGUGAAUCUAAUGUAAAACAGAAAUAUUGUUUACCUGAUAUAUCCAAAUAUUUUAAACAUGAUAAAAGUGCGGGCUAUUGUAGAAUUGAGUUAAUAAGUGAAAGACCCAAUGAUGACAUCUUUGACUAUAAGGGGUACAUGCUACUUCCUCCUCUGCAGUAUAAGGCAGACGAUGGGGUAGUUGUGCAUUUUUAUGAUAGCAACAGUCGGCUUAGAGCAUUAGGAAAGGAGGUGACUCAGCAGCAUGAGAAGCAGCAACAGCAACUACUCAACGGGGCGAAAGGUAAAAAAUACAUGUGCAAGUCAGGAAAAGAGGCUUCAAAAGACGUCGAUGAUACGGAUAACGGUAAUAAGACAUAUAUGAACAACAGAUUUCGAAGCGAAAUAAAUGAACAGCAUUUUGUGCUUUCGAAUGUAUCUAAUGUACCGAAUGUGGAAGUGGAAAGGAAGGGAAGAAACGAGGAUUGCACCACGGAAUAUGAUGAAAAAAUAUCUAUUUUUGAUUACACAAAUGAGCAAAAGGAGCAAAGGAGGGAAAAAGAAAAGCAUGUUGUUCAUAUAACUAUAGAUAACUUAGUACUAAGGGGAACAUCUCUAGUAAACACGAAAUGGAUAUAUGGGUUAGUAAUUAAUACUGGAAAUAGAACAAAAUUAAUGAAAAAUGCAUCUACAAAAUCAAGACAGAAAUGGUCAAGAUUAGAAUUUGUUUAUGGAAAUCAUGUUAUUGUGUUAAUUAUUUGUCAAAUUUUUAUUUCUUUUAUUGUAGCUAUAGCAGGUGUAUUGUGGAUGAGAAAAAAAGGCUAUAAUUUAUGGUAUUUACAUCUAGAUCAACAUUCAGAUAGCUUGAAAACUUUCUUUAUUACUAUUGGUUCUAUGGUUCUAUUAUUUGGUUCUUUUAUUCCUGUCGAUCUGUUAUUAAUAUGGGAAGUUGUCAGACUACUACAGGGAUAUCUAAUUAACUGGGAUAAUGAUAUGUAUAGUGAAAAGGCUGGUAGGCAUGCUUUAAGUAAAGCUGGACAACUACUAGAAGAGAUGGGAAACGUUACUCAUAUCUACUCGGAUAAAACUGGUACACUUACUCAAAAUGUAAUGCAGUUGCAAAAUAUAGGACUAGGGAAUAAGGGCAUUUAUGGUUUUUACGAUUUUAGGGAUAUUAAAGAUAAUAUAAUGAAGAAAAGGAGGAGGAUGCAAAGUUCUGACAAGUUCGGUUCGUUCAUUGUUGCUCCCGAGGGGAAAGAGGAAGAAAAGGCAGCUGUCGAUGCGGAAGAGGAUUCACAGGGGGACGCAGAUGACGAUGAAAAAGAUGAUCAGAUGGGUAGCGAAAAUGAUCAGAUGGGUAGCGAAAAUGAUCAGAUGGGUAGCGAAAAUGAUCAGAUGGGUAGCGAAAAUGAUCAGAUGGGUAGCGAAAAUGAUCAGAUGGGUAGCGAAAAUGACCAGGUGGGAAGAAAAAAUGACAAGGACAAAAGCGAAUAUUUCCAGGGGUUCCAGAGUAACAUCCCGACGAAGCGAAAUGUGAACCUAAGAAUAAGCUCAAUGAAUGAACAUUACAAAAAAUCGAAAGUGCAUCCCCUGAACUGGUCGAGGACGUCUCUCAAUAGUCAUAAAAAAAAAAAGAAGCAUAUGCACUUGAACAGUUUGACGGAUGAACAUAUGACGAAUAUAUACAGUGAAAGCGAUUUCGAACGAGGAGAAAAUCAAUUUGUUUUUUUUAAUCGAAUAUUAUUUGUGAACAAAAUUUAUAGUAUUCGGAAUGAUGCAGAAGAUCAAGUGCAUUUCUUAUUAUUAGUAUUAAGUUUAUGUCAUAGUGGUAUGAUUAGAAAUGUGGAUAUAGAUGAAAUGGAUAUUAAUGAAGAUGAAAACAAUAGUAUGGAUAAAAUAAAAAUAUAUGAUAAAGAAACACAAAUUAAUUAUACUUAUAUAACUCAAACUCAACCACAAUAUGAUACAAGUUCUCCAGACGAAUUAGCAUUGAUUAGUACUUCCUUAUAUCUAGGAUGUGAAUUCGUUAAUAGACCAAAUUUAACAACAAUCGAAGUUGAGUUAACAUCUACAUUUGCACAAAGAUUUAUUUUAGGAGAAAAGGUAUUCAACGAUUUUUUGUUGAAAAAGCGUUUUUAUGAAGAUAACUUUGAUACCUACUUUCCGGAGGUAUCCAUGAGUAAAGACAAAAAAAAAAGACAAUCGAAAUUAAAUGAGUCUACUUUGGGAAGUUCCAUUAACUAUAAUGUGAAAGAUGAGGCCAGCAAUUUCUACAUGUCCAUACCCAUUAAAAAUAUAUUUACUUCCAACAAGGUGAGCUUUAGUGAACAGACUAGGAUGGAAGCUGUGGAGAAAGAAAGGGACGAAAAAAUGGGAGAGGAAAAAGGAGAAAGAAUAGAGGAACAAAGGGACGAACGAGUGAGAGAGGAAGAAAAAAAAAAAAUUAACAAGAAAGUAGUGCCCAUCCUUUCCUUUGAAAUCCUUGAUGUAUUUUCCUUCGACAAUGUUAGGAAACGAAUGUCCCUAAUUGUUAAAAAUGAAAAGGAUGAAAUAUACAUGCUAGUAAAGGGUGCUGACACAAGUGUACUAAAACUGGCUGCCAAAAAUCAAGAACAUAUUGUGGGACAUAUAGAGUAUCAGUUAAAUGCCUUUGCAACAUCUGGCCUUCGGACCUUAGUGUUAGGAUAUAAACAUUUAACAGAAGAUGAGUUUAGUAGUAUGUAUACAAGUCAUAUGGAAGCAAGGAAGAAAUCAGAAAAUGGAAAAGGGGGAAUAACAGCAGGAGAAGAUGCAGGAGACGAGGACUAUUUGCAAACGUUUUAUGAUGAAGCGGAAAAAAAUCUAGUAAUAAUCGGUUGCACCGGAAUUGAUGAUAAAUUACAGGAGGAUGUUCCUCAAGUGAUACAAGAUUUGAGAGAUGCAGGGAUGACAAUUUGUGUAUUGACAGGAGACAAACUUGAAACAGCAAUAAACAUUGGACAUUCAAUAAAUAUACUAAAUAAGGAAACGUAUAAUGCUGUAUUUACAGAAACAAGUCCAACGUUAUUACUUGAACAAAUUAAUAUUCAUGAGAAAAAUACAAACGCAGCUAAUUUAUUGAAUGUUAAUCAUGGGAAUAAAUGGUGGAAUAGUGUUAACUGGGAGCAUUUAAAUUUAGAUCUAAGAUCUGAAACUAUUCUUAAUUUUAUGAAAACAAAUAUUUUUGGUACAAUAAAUAAAAGUAGUAUAUCAUCAAAUAUUUUUAAUAUUAAAAAUGAUACUUCAUCUUCUCUUCCUGGAUUGGAUAAACAAGAAAAAAUAUAUAAUUCCUUUUUAGAAUCUAGUGAAUCAUUUGGUCAUAAUAAUAAUAAUAAUAAUGAUAAUAAUAAUAAUAAUGAUAUAGAUAAAAUGAAAGCAAAGGAUAAUAAAGUACAUUAUUCCCAAUUUUCUAUUACUAUUACUGGGGAAGCAUUAGAUGUAAUUAUGAAUAAUAAAAUAUUAAAAAUAAAAUUUUACACAUUGGCUAGAAGUGCAUCAACUCUUAUUGCAUGUAGAGUGACACCAAAACAGAAGUCAUUACUAGUUAAGGAAAAUUCAGCAUUUAAUCCUAGGGGAACAUCUCUAGCUAUAGGAGAUGGUGCAAAUGACGUAGGUAUGAUUUUGAUGGCAAAUGUUGGUGUUGGAAUAGCUGGUAAGGAGGGAUUACAAGCAGCUAGAUCCUCUGACUUUACCAUAAGUGAAUUUAAAUAUUUAAAAAAAUUAUUAUUUGUACAUGGAAGAGAAUCAUUAAGAAGGAAUUCUUUCUUAGUAUAUUUUUGCAUUUUUCGUAAUGUAAGUUUUUGUUUAUGUUCUAUGGUUUUGAUAUUCUGGACAGGAUAUAGUGCAAUCGAUGCAUGGAAUCCAUGGACUAAGCAAAUUAUUAACAUAGCGUUUACCUCUUUACCAGUUAUAUUUUUUGUAGCAUUAGAUAAACAACUACCUCAUCAUAUACUCUUGAAUAAUCCAUUACUAUAUGGCACAUCCCCAUCCACAUUAUGGCCUCUUUAUUCCAAUAAAAAAAUAGAAUAUUAUACAGAGAAAAUAAAAUAUUGUUAUCAUGGUCUCUUUAAAAUUUUUUUAUUUCCAUUUAAAUGUAUCCCUUUUUUUCAUAAGUCAACUGACCAGAUGAAAUCAUGGAUAGGCAAAAGAUCAAAACCGGAUAAAUAUCGAUCAUACGGUACACAGUAUUUAUUUGUUUACUUACUCUUUGCUAUCUGGCUAGCAUCAGUAGAAACUGUAAUUAUUCUGCACUUUUCAACGGGUCAAGCAUAUUCUACCAUAGAGGAAAACCAUAGUGUCGAUAUUGAUUUUAAUACCUUUUCUCAAAUACUCUAUACACAUCAUGUUAUUGCAGUCAAUGUUGUAGUAGUACUUAUGACAAACACUUGGUUUGUUAUUUCUCAUGCUGUUUUAUGGUUUGAAAUUAUUAUUACUUUUUUUUUCUGGUUUAUUAUAAGUAAUACAAAAUUCUUUUUAGAUAUAGUAGGAGCCGAUGAAUUACAUGGGACGUUCGAACGAGCUCACUCUUCUGCUAAUUAUUAUAUCUCUAUUAUUAUAUCUCUUUAUGUAUCCCUCUUACCUCUAAUAGUACUUAUGACUUAUCAAUUUAUAAAAAAACCAACUAUGGAACAAAUUGUUCUUGAGCAGUUAAGUCUUGGGAAGUUUGAAGGUUUAAGAAAAUGUGAAAUGAAAAAAUUAGCAUAUAUAGAUAGCCUAAAUAGUUUCAAUGAUUUUACUCAUAAAGGUUUUGCUUUUGCAGUGGAAGCAAAGGAAGCUUUUUGGGGCUUAGUACAAAAGGCCAUUUAUAAAAUUAAGAUGCCCUUAGCAAAGGAUGACAUUGUAUCUUUCAAGUGCAAGAGGAAAACUUGA